AUGUAUUCUUAUCCUUCUCUCCCUUUCCCUCUCUCCCCUCCCCUUCUCUCCUCUUCCUUCUCUCCCCUUCCCUCUCUCCCCUCCCCUUCUCUCCCCUUCCUUCUCUCCCCUUCCCUCUCUCCCCUCCCCUUCUCUCCCCUUCCCUCUCUCCCUUCCCCUUCUCUCCCCUUCCCUCUCUCCCCUCCCCUUCUCUCCCCUUCCCUCUCUCCCCUCCCCUUCUCUCCCCUUCCCUCUCUCCCCUUACCUCUCUCCCCUACGCUCUCUCCCCUUCCCUCUCUACCCUUCCCUCUCUCCCCUUCCCUCUCUCCCUCCCCCCUUCCUCUCUCCCCUUCACCCUCUCCUCCUCCUGUCCGGAGUUGUUCUCAGGUCAGCCCAUCCACGCCAUCAGCAGCUCGCUCCUCUCCCACCCCUCCACCAACCCAUUCCCCUCCCCUGCUGCCGCACACGCUUCCGUCAGCGAUGAUGCUCGUACUCCUCCCACUUCUCCAACACUUCAUCUCCUUGGACUCCCACCCUCCAGCACCCGCCACCCCUCUUUCGCCCUCUUCUCAUUCCGUCUGCCUCCCUUCCUUGCAUCACCCCUACCCUCUUCUGUUCUCCCCGUUCCCCCUUUUUACCACCGUUCUCUUCCUUCACAUCUCAACUGCCCUUUUUCUCAUCCUUGGAGCCUUCCUUCCUCCCGUCACCCCUCCCUUUGUUCCAGUUACAAGCAGGUCUAAGCUAGUCACAGGCGAGCCUGGCGGAACGGAAGGGACAGGCAAGAAGCAGAUGCACGGCCAGAUACUAGAAGGCGAGACCGGGGCUAGAGGAAAGAUGUACCCCCACGGGAUGAGAGGUGACAGCAGAGGGGGAAGGGAGGUGGUAGCAGAAAGAGAAAAGAAGGUGAUAGCAGAGGGGGAGGGAACGGGGGAUGAGGGAAGGGAUGAAGGAUGGGGGAAGGGAAAGGAGGAUGCGGGGAAGGGAUGA